GAUGCAUGUUCCAGGUGCUUCCCGUUGGAAGGCCUUGCAGCAGCUCCCAUGCCACGUGCCACGUGCUGUUGAGAUCUUCCUUUGUAGAUUGUCGUUUGCUGAAUGAAGUUCAUCACAGUGCGACUGGGGCAUACGAGGGGCUCGGUGUUGUCUCGCGAAGCAAAGUGGUGGCUUCUCCUUGUGGCCUCUGACAGAGUUGGUUUGCCCUCUGCAGCCAUGUGCUGAGUGCACGAAGCUCCUUCGGCCUUGCUGCGCUUCCCUUGCCUGCUUCCCAAAGUUUCUCUCUGCCAAGCGGAGGGUGGCUGAGGUGAGAGAUGGAGGCAGAGCUGUCAGCACCGCCCCCUCAGGGGCCUCACUUUGGUCCCCUGCCCAUGCUGAGGCAAGAUGUGUGUGGCCUGGGAGGUGUCGGCCCCUUUGUGACACGGUGGGUGUCAUCAUGGGGCUCGGCUAUAAAUCCCCGUCCCCGCCGUGCCCGGCCACACUUCCCAGCAAGGCCUGGGAGGUGUUGGAGCUGCUCUCGCCAGCGCUGCUCUGCUCCACAGGAGCUGCUCUGCCAGCAGCAGAAGGCGAGGGGAGCCUGUGGGAGAGAACGCUGGUUGGGAAGUGUUGAGGAGGAGGAGGAGGAGCCAAGGGAGUUUUGUAGCAGGAAGAGCACCUCUUUCCCAGCUGCUGUAAGGCAGGGGCAAAGAUGAAGCACUACCUGCUCUUCAGCCCCUUGAAGCCUGAGGAACUUCCAUUAAUUAAGGAGCUCACCAGCAAAGAAAUCUGCCAAGUGUGGGAUAGUACAUCCAAAUACAUCAGAAGGCAGCUGUUGCGGAAGCAGGCGGUGAAUAUUGGAAUCGGAACAUUUGCCGUUGUGCCAGCAGAUACCACUAGUGCCGAUGGCAAGGCUAUGGUUGUUCAGAAACCCGUGUUCCAGCCCUGCAGGUUUAUGAAGACAUUUUACAAGCUCAAGUGUGCCGAGAACGAAAUUUCUAUCGAGACACUAGUUGCUCCGCUGGACUUUGGGCGGAUUGCCUCAGACAUCCGCUUCCGACCACAAAUAGUAGAGCAGUGCAUCCACGAGACCCUGCUUCUCUUCGCUGGUGCCCUCCUGGAAGAAAAGGAUGUGGAAUUCUUCUUCAAGGGUAUCGGCAUUCUUACUGUGCGAAGAAAAGUGGUCACCAUGAACUUCUACACUGAGUUCCUGCUGGAGGUGGAUGGCACUAACAACAUGUAUGAAGCUCUUCUCACGGACUCCAAGAUGAUGGAUAUGAUUGCAUUUGACGGCAAAAAUAAAUAUACUCGUAUCAGCGGAAAUAGUUUCAUCACACUACCAACGCUUAUACUUCAGAACCCGCACUGCAAUCCGAUUUCCAUCAAGCCCAAAAGAGAUCCGCAGCCUUGGGGCACGGGUGGCCGAAGAGUGAGUGUGCUGGACCCGGUGGUGCUGGCUCAGAGGAGGGUUUCUCUAGCCAAGAUGGCAGAGAAGAAAAGAAAGGAGGAUAAAACCAAGCAAGGUGACCAAGCCAGAUUCCUGGCACCAAUUCAAGAGAGGUCUGAGGAAGAGGUGAAGAAGCCAAAACCUCCAGCUCAUCCAUGGCCAUCCACGGCUUUUCCUCUGGACCCUCCAACAAUGAGACCCUUCUGCCAAAUGCUCAAGUGCUUGCGACGUCCUUCCCACAUUGUGAGAAGGGAGUAUGAUCAGAUGCUGAAAGAGAGGAUGAAGCACAAUGAGAAAGGCCAAAGACAUAUGAGCCAGAAGGCACCAGAGCGAUGGCAGGAAGAGCCACAGCCCCCGAGGAGAGCACAGACAGAAUUCGAGCCACCAAUUCAUGAGAGGUCUGAGGAGGAGCUGAAGAAGCCAAAACCUCCAGCUCAUCCACAGCCUAAGCCCCCUGAGCGCCUGGAUAAUCCUCAGGACCCUCCAACAACGAGGGCGCCCUCUGUGCGUGCUCGGAUGGAAGAAAGACGGCACAGAAUACUGAUGGCCCACGAGCGCAAAGAGCUUGAGGAUGAAAUCUGGGGAGAAUACGAUGCAAUCCUACGGAGUAGGAGCAGGGAGCGAGAAAAGAACCCCGUCUACCACCUGCUGGAAUGUGGCCGACGUCCAUCCUGCCUGUUGAGAAAGGAAUACGACAAGAAGCUGAAGGAGAGGAUGAAAGAGAAUGUCGGAGGCCAAAGCCCUGUGAGCCAGAAGGCAUCAGAUGGGUGGAAGGAAGAGCCACAGCUCCCCAGGAGAGCACAGAGAGAGAAAGGGGAGAAGACAAGGCUCUUGGACCACCAUGGGAAGGCCCAGGGCGUGCCGUCCACGCCAGGAAACCACGAGAGGCCCUGCAGCUUCCAGCUGCAGAGGCCGUAGCCAUCAACUCCAACACCAAAAGCUGAAGCAGGCGCCAGCACCAGUACCAGGGACACUCAAGCAGAAGCUCCCACCGCUGCUCAUGGUGCUGCCCCCUUUGCAGUGUGAGAGCUGUCAGCAAGGGGUGUGAAGAGCACCUUCCAAAGGCUGACCUGACAAAUAAAGAGUGCUGGUGCCUGCUGCCAGCUGGACUGACCGCGCUGCUCCCUGCAUGGCCUUUUUUUUGCACAAAAGAGGAGAGGAGAAGCCCUGCAACUCCCAGUACUGCUCCCAUGGUCCCUCCCACCUCUCCCGGUGGAGGGCAGCUCGUGCAGGGGGACCUUGGGCCCUGUGGCAGAGGGCUUCUCCCAGCGCUGACGAGAACCAUCUGCCGCCAGGGACUUGCUGCUUUGCAGCAAUGGCCGGGAAUGACAAGCAGGUUUCUGUCUGUGGUACACCUUCCUU